CUAAGCUAAAGGAACCCAAAAUGUUGUGCCUUAGCCCGCGCUUUUUGGGACGUAAACAAACUGUGGUGGAAGUGUGGUGUUGAGGUGGAUUUUUGGACCCUUUGAGACUUUGUGGUUGAUUUAGUAGUGCUGUGGUGGAGUUAGUGCUGCUGUGGUGGAGUUAGUGCUGUGGUGGUUUCUAGGUUCCUGUGGUAGUCUCCGUUGCUCUGGUUCCGUGGGGGUGAUGGAGGUAGCAGCCUUACACACACUGGCCCUUAAGCUUGGCCUCACCUCCACUAAUACUCUCAGGAAAGCAGAGGAGUUAAUCCGACUACUGGCUGUCCGGGGCGGCUCAAGGCUGUCUCUCAGUAUGUCGGGUAAAGCCGUUAUAUGCCUGGAGAUGGCAGCCGCUCUCACAGGCGCCACGGUGGAUAAGAAUUUGGUGAUAAAAUUGGCCGGGCUGAGGAGGUCACAGUACGUCGGGAUGAGUCAGACUGUGAGCCGCUUACUCAACGUGUCACCUGGCGUCAGUGUGGCGGAGCUCUGCGUCACGUACUCUGCCACAGCCGCCACAAAUUUGGCACAGCGGGCUCUCAAGCAAUAUGAUGACAGUACUGACGGGAAUAAAGGUGAUAUUGAUACGAGUCUUCCUGUGUACCAGACGGCUGCUGUUGUCGCUGCUUGCAAGGUCAUGAACAUCAAGGUGGACAAGCGGCGGUUGUUUGAGUCGAGUUGUAGCAAGAGGGCAGUGUAUCAGAAGCUGGUGGACGUCCUCGUGAAGAUCGCCCAGGAGAUACACACACAGAAGAGUGUGAAGAACAACAAGAAGCGUACCAGAACACUCUUGGAUAUGGUGGAGGACAACCUGAGAGAUUGUUCACCGGAGAAGCGAAGUAAAGGCACGGAGGACGGUGAGGAGGAGGAGGAUGGAGGAGGAGAUAAGGGGACGGACUUUGAAGACUGGAAGAAGAAAAUAUUAGAAGCGGCGGCUGCUGCUGAGUAGGUUCCACAUCUCUUGUCUUGGGAUAAGGUUGAUGGACAAGUCUGGCGGCUGUUUGCUUCCUUGACGCUUCACGCACGUUACAAGGGAUAAUUUAUGUUUUAACCUUGUGACGGAGAGAGCUUUAGGGGAUAUAUUAUUGGUUGUGCCUGUCUGUCUGUUGGUGUCUAGAUAAGGAAUUUCUCCAUAAUAAUUGAAGUUUUACUGGGAACAUCACAACUAGACUCCAUAUUCAGAUUCUUUGUAUUGUACUCAGUUGAUGAACACUAAGCUAUGGUGUUGGUCAGGGGUAUUAACUCACCCUUUGAUGGCUCUGGUUUGAUAGCUUAACUCCUUCACUUUGGGGACGCUGCUUUUACUAUUUUAUUUGGCUAAUGCAAGAUGAUUUUAUUCAGCUCAGAGGGGCCCCUGUACCGGAGGUUAAUGGUAGUACAGUAUAGUAAUUGAUUUGCCGGACGUAUCUAGAACUGUAUUGGGUCACCAGAUGCAGUCCUUAAUGGAAUACUCAAUUGAAUGUUUUUAUUUGAUAUCUUGGGGUGAUUUCUUAGCUUUAAAAUGGCAGCCAUCAUGGGUGAAGUUAUGUUUAGCUGUAGAGAUGACGGCCAUCAUCAGUGGAAGUUAGUUGUAUGGACGGUGGCCAUCAUCAGUGGAAGUUAGCUGUAGGGACGGUGGCCAUCAUCAGUGGAAGUUAGCU